AUGAAUCCAACAAAGAUCGAAACAGCAUCAGAAACUUCUCCUUCCCCACGUUACGGCAGGCGAGGGGCCGUUCCGUCGGCCCGCGUAGACCUUUUUGUCCAAGGAGAUGGUAUGUUCGCCCUCAGAGUUGGCUGUGGAGGUGUGGGGGUUAGAGUGGAAGAAGGAGGGGUGAUGCGCGGUACAGGCGGUGCAGGCGGCCAGCGGCUCUCUCGAAGCUCUCUUCUCGCUUGGCCACCACAAUCGGAGAUGAACCUGCCUUCAGACGACAGGCCUUCAGACGACAAGCCCGAAGACGGUUCAGGUGCAAGACAAGUUGUCUCUUCCCACACUCUUAUGCCCGACUUUCACACCUCGCUGGCACGAAGCCUCUGGAUGGAGAUCAGACAAAGCAAGAAUGACUGCAGCGAGGACUCGGACUAUGGCUCCAAUGGCCGCCGGAGCAAGGAGAGGCUUUCAAGGAUUGUCAAGGAUGCUAUCGUCAGACCAAGUCACCAAGGCUUCACAUUGGCGCGCGUGAUGGGUUCUUCGAAAGGAAGGAAGAUUCAUAUCACGGAUUGGCGCCAGCAAGCCGAAGAAGCCCUGGAUCGAGCGAACCUGGCGGCACAGAAAUCGACGCAAAAUGAUGAGGCGGGUCUCUGA